AUGGCAUCAAGCACAGAGCAAAGCACAAUAGAAUACCUAAUAAAUAAUGAUAAGUGUAAACAAGCAGACAAGAAACAAACAAUAUCUCAAUCUUCCUCCAUCAUAAAAAUAAGGAAGUUUAAUAUACAUGGUGCUUAUGGUGCACUUCAUCUCUCACUGAAUAAAUCAAAUCGAAUUUGGGUCAAUGAUUGGGAUGGAAACCUUGUUCAAAUAGAUCUACAUGGGAAUCAGCUACAGAAAAUAAAAACAAGUCCAAGAUCUGAGGGCUUCCACACAGUUACAGUGGACGAGGAUCUAAUCUUCACGGACACAGUCAAAAAAGCCAUCAGAAGAAUGACACAGAAUAACAAAAGCACUUCAUUCAUUAAAACAGGAGACUGGAAACCAGUCAGUAUAUACUCCUCCCACAUCAACGGGGAUAUACUGGUGGGAAUGGUAAAAGAUAAAGAGGCUGGAAUUACCAGGUACGACAAGACAGGAAAAGAAAUUCAGAACAUUCAGUGGGAUAGCAAAUCACAGGAACUGUAUAGUUCUCCAUACUUUAUAACAGAAAACCUGAAUGGAGAUAUUUGUACUUCAGACUUCAGUAAGCAGAGGGUUGUGGUUGUGGAUGAAGCAGGAAAGCUUAGAUUUUCUUACAAUGGAAACCAAGAGUCGGUGUUCUUUCCCAAAGGAAUUUGUACGGAUGUCCUCAGCCAUAUCCUAGUGUGUGACUAUUACAGUGAUUCUGUUCACCUCAUUGAUCAGGACGGUCAGUUUUUGUCUUUACUCAUAACGAGACGCGAUGGGAUAAAGUCCCCGUGCAGUUUGUGUGUAGAUGAUGAAAACAACCUUUAUGUGGGAAAACUCACCAAAGGCAUAACAGUGUACAAGUAUCUCCAGUGAUUUUAAUCUAAUUAGUGAUACAAUGAAAUGGUUUAAUUUUUAUU